CUCCCAAGAUGAGGUCGCCAACAGUUGCUAUCCUGUUGUGUUUGCUCGUGACCUCACAGGUUGAGGCGUGGCAGUGGACCUACGUUUUGCAGCUUGUGAACUCCGCUUGCUCUGUCGUUGACAGCCCAUGGUGUCACCUUGCCUUGUUCAUCACUGACAAGUAUCUCACGUAUGACGUUGGUGUAGCAGUCAUGAAGAUUGUGGAAAAACUACAAGAAGGGGGAACGUUGGACUUCAAGGAUAUCCCUGAUGCACUGUUCAAGGCCGUGUGGGCAAUAGAAAAAGGACGCCGCAAUGUCGAGGUGGUUCACAAAUUAAAAACAUGAAUGGGACAAACAGCAUACAAAGAGCAAGAAAGAAGUGAGGAAAUUUAAUACAUGGUGAAUAAGUAGAUGAAUUUUGCGGCCUCUGGCAGGAAUUGAUCCAGUUAUCCAGAACCUGCCAAAUUCAUCUACUAUAUUCCCAAUAUUCAUGUCUAACUCACCUCACUUUCGUUCAAAAAGAAUAUAUUUUUUACAAAGGUUCAUGUAAGAAAAAUGAAUGUUACUGUUUUUUUUAUAAAAGGUGUAUGUAAGAAAAUAAA